CUGCGAGCCGGUGGUCAAACUCUAUCAAAUCAAGCCCCAAACUUUGGCAAAUUUGAUCGCAUUUCUUCCAGUGUACCGUGUACGAGACGAACGACCCUCGUAGUGGAUGACCCCCCUGAGGCACAAGCGAACGUACAGACUACCUACUACUACUGUACCACUACUACCGAUUGUGCAGUAAGCCAGUGUCGAAAUCAUGUCGGAUCUAGGCGACUUUGGCCUCUCCGAAGACCUGGUCACUUCGCCCACUCACAAACCAAAAGCCACCAAGUCUGUGGAUUUCGAUGGCCUCCUCACGCCUCCCCUGCUCCUCCACGAGGACCUGGCCAAAGGCAAUGGUGGUCAAGCGUGGCCUGCGGGUAUGAUACUGGCCAAAUAUGUCCUGCGAAAGAAGCAAGACGAGCUGCAAAAGGCCUCUUCAAUUGUGGAAUUGGGAGCUGGAGGCGGACUGGUUGGGUUGGCCGUGGCCGUGGGAUGUCAACCGAGUGCUGCUGUUCACAUCACCGAUAUGGACACGAUGCUCGCUCUGAUGGAACAGAAUAUCGCGCUGAAUGACCUCGGCGACAGAGUGAAAGCCACCGUCUACGAGUGGGGCACUGCGGCGCCAGAUGCCAUCCCACAGCACCCCGACAUUGUGCUGGCUGCAGACUGCGUAUAUUUCGAGCCCGCCUUUGAAUUGCUCCAACAGACGCUCCAGGAUCUCAUUGGUCCGAAUACGGUGUGCUACUUCUGCUUCAAGCGGAGACGACGCGCCGACAUGCACUUUCUGAAAACGGUGAAGAAGCGCUUCCUGGUUGAGAACGUUUCUGACGAUCCGGAUCAACCGCAGUACACGCGGGAGAACAUCUUCCUGUGUACGAUUCGCAGAAAGAGAGCCCCGUGAAGAAGACGACCAACAACAUUCACGUGGAUGCCCCCGAACACAAACCCUAGCGGCUGACAGGACAUGGUGAUUGAUGUCGAACGCAAAGGGUUGUUGUGGUUAUAUCUAUUGACUACUGUGGACCGCUCACUUCUCGUGACGUGCAUGAACUGCCGCCAUCUCACAACAGAUGAUUAUUGCUCGUGACGUUGCAAGCUUGCAGCAAUGAGUGCAAGGGCCAGCUGCACUCUCAAUACUCUCCGCCCCUAAAAGUUGAUCCGCAUGUGUUGGCGAACGGCGAUCCUGAUUGAUUUGAUUGAUGAUCGGUGCUCUGCACGUCAUGCCACGAGAUGUCUUGUUCACACGCAACGCGCGUUGCUAGACUAGAGGCGUGCCGUGUGUUGCGGAAAUCGGGGCGGAUAAAGGCGAUAAAAAAGAAAAGACUUCAAGAGCUGCUGCUUAUGAAUCGUCCGUACGGUAACUUACCUCCUAGUCGAAACGUUAGAACGAUUGAUUGCGUGCGUGGGUGAAGAUCGAGAGAACGUGCGAACUGAUUUGAUGCUGCUGUUCUCACAGAUUGCGCCGCCGCUGGUGCCAACCCACCAACCCACCACCAAUGCAGUAGCCACUAGCCAGUACAUAGUAUACGUGUAGAUACCUACCUGACCUCCU